UAAGUAUGAUUUUCUCUUUACGUUGUAAAUAAAACUCGAAAGUGCGCGCUAUAAAUUCCUAUUUCAGACCAAACCACUGACCAUUAAUUUCCAUAUAUUAAAUAUAUUUCAAUUAAUCGCUUACAUGCGAAAAUUUUGUCUUGCGAUUUAUGUUUUCAAUAAUAAAAAAUUAUUCGCUAUACUUAUUAAAGAUCUUUAUAAAGUUUUAUGUGUUUCAGAUAUAUUAAUCGUAAAAGUAUGACAUUGUGAUUCAAUGCUAUAGAUGUUUCAUGUACAUAUUGAAUAUUGAUUGCAUAUCACUGAAAAAGAAAAUUAUUCUAAUUUUAUUUAAAUGAAUAUGCGUACUCCCAAGUGUAAAGUGCACGGCAGCGCGUAGUAUAAAUGCGAUGAACCUAGAUUACUGUGCAUAAUCGGUUACUAUCGUCAUAAUGGCACCAGUUAUGUGAAUUACUUCAUGAAAAAAGUCAGAUGUUAUUAGUUGGAGACGAACAUUGCUAUUCCGUUUUAUUCAUAGUAAGAACAACAGUGUCACGCAAGAUCGUCAAUUAAGUGUAUUUAUUCAUCAUGGGUGUAUUACAAGACUUUCAAACUGAAUGGACAGAAAAGCUCGAUCCACGAGUAGUCGAUCUGCCAUUAGUCGCUUCUAAUUAUCAAGUGCCACUUAUAAUAUUGGCAUACAUUUAUAUCGUGCUCGUUGUUGCGCCUAGAUUUAUGAAAAAUAGGAAACCGUACUCACUGAAGAAGUUAAUACAGUUAUACAAUAUCGUUCAAAUUGCGGGGAACGCGUUACUGGUCUAUGACAUACUCGAUGCCGGUUUGUUCACACGUCAAAAGUUGUUUCUGUGCCCUAUUUUUGAUUACUCCUACGAUGAGACUCCGAUGAGGCUAAUUAGGAGUGGAUGGUACUUCAUGAUGUUGAAGAUAUUAGAUUAUAUGGAAACAGUAAUAUUCAUCUUAAGAAAAAAGAAUAAUCAAGUGUCCGCUUUGCAUCUAUAUCAUCAUGUAUCUACCUUGGGUUUUUCCUGGCUACUCAUGAGAUAUUACACUAUUGGACCUGUCGUACUUAUCAGUUUGUUGAACACCAUCGUACACGUGAUCAUGUACACGUAUUACUUCUUAGCGGCCUGUGGACCGGAAGUUCAAAAAAGUCUCGCAACAAUAAAACGCUACUUAACUAUAAUACAAAUGGUGCAAUUUAUCCUCAUCAUACUAUACGUAAUGCAAAACUUCAUCCCGAGAUGCAAGGCGGCGUCGGACUUUAUAGUCUUCUUGUUCUUAGGAAAUAUGGUAACAAAUUUUUAUCUAUUUUAUAGUUUCUAUCAAAGAGCAUACAAAAAAAAAUCUGACAAAAAAAUGCAAUAAGUAGAUUGUCGAGUAGAAAGUGAAGUAGAAAUGGUAUUGUUCUAAAUUUGUUUUCGUAAUAUGUAUGUACAACAUGACACAAUAUGUAUAUGCAAUGUAAAAAUAAUAUAAUGACGUCUCGUAAUAAAUGUCACUUUAUUACACUUAU